AUGGACGUUGAUGAUAUUUCAGAUCUCUCGUCCCCUUUGAGCUCCCCACCUAGUUCUCCUCUCAGUUCUCCUCCAAGUUCGCCAAUACUGCCUCCUGGCUUUCAGGUUCUCACCCCUCCUCCCUCCCAGCACGCUGGCGACGAAAUGCCUCGUGCGCGAAAGCGCCGGAAGAUUGAGCCAAAGAUCCGCACAACCCAGUACUUGGAUCUCACUUCAGACACUGCGCAGUCCGAGUACGACCGCUCAGAAGCUCUAGACACUCUUCUCAAGGCCUUGCGACACAGGAGAAAGAUCGUGGUCAUUGCAGGGGCGGGCAUCUCUGUCUCGGCCGGUAUCCCGGAUUUCAGGUCUUCCAACGGACUUUUCAAGAGUCUACGUGGGGAACACAAGCUGAAGAGCUCCGGCAAAAUGCUGUUUGAUGCUUCUGUCUACAAGGAUGACCAUUCGACCUCCAGUUUCCACGACAUGGUCCGCAAGCUCUCAAAGAUGUCUGAGGAUGCCAAACCCACCCUCUUCCACCGUUUUCUGGCCAGGCUCGCCGUUGAGGGCCGAUUAUUGCGACUGUAUACUCAAAAUGUCGACGGUCUAGAAACCUCGUUGCCACCUCUCGCUACUCAAGUGCCUCUCAACCACAAAGCGCCGUGGCCGAAGACGAUCCAGCUGCACGGUGGGCUGGAGAAGAUGAUGUGUCAGAAAUGUAGACACGUUUCCGAUUUUGACGCCAAUCUUUUUGACGGAGCCGCCCCUCCACUUUGCCCUCAAUGUGUCGCAGCAGAUGCGUUGAGAACAGCGCAUGCUGGGAAGCGAAGUCAUGGCAUUGGUAGAUUGCGCCCUAGAAUUGUCCUCUAUAAUGAACACAACCCGGAUGAUGAGGCAAUUGGCGCAGUAACCACGGCAGAUUUCCGAACGAGACCUGAUGCGGUCAUUGUGGUUGGCACUAGCAUGAAGAUUCCAGCUGUGCGACGCAUUGCUCGUGAGAUGUGCCAAAUUGUGAGAGAUAGGCGGGAGGGUACCACGGUAUGGAUCAAUCUGGAUCCCGUGCCUCCCGGGAAAGAUCUCGAAAACUGUUGGGAUCUCAUUGUUAAAGGCGACAGUGACGAAGUGGCGCGAUUGGCACGCUUGAAAGAGUGGGAUGAUUCCGGUUCUGACGCGGCCGAGAAUUAUACAGAAGCCGAUCUUGAUAGGGUCAAGUCGAGUCAGGGUGAGAUUGAGGUCGUCAUACCACCCAGCCUCAAGAAGAAUGGGGCUGCGGCUCAACCAUCGCCAGAUUUCCAUGCCAUGACUCCCCCACGAAGUCAGAAUGGAGAUGCGCCUGCGCAAACAACAAAGGGACCCAAAUCUACGACAACUUCGCCAAUCCGAAUCACACUCAAAGUUACUGAGCGAAGCCAGCAGGUCGCGGUGAAAAAUGCAGCCAGCACUGGAAGAUCCAUAGCCGAACUUCUUCGUGGAAAGGAAAAUAAAGACAAGCCUGCGAAAUCCAAGACUUCUCUGAACAGGAAGCCCAGAGUUACCAAGAUCAGAGCAUCUACGAAUCCUGGAAACAAAGGAGUUAUAUCCGGAAAGGUCACAAAACCAGUUGCGGUCAACAACGCGGGAUAUAAGAAGCCCCUGCCUGAACCAUUGUCGCCGCGUCGCGAUGCCAACGAGACAUUCAUCGAGAUACGCAGAUCAGAAUACUCGAGCGUGGAGGUGAGUCCGGCGCCGGAGACACCUCCAUCGACGUCGACGCGUGAAGAGUGGCGAAAUGGCGAAACGGUAUCCCCGACCGGGAGGAUACCGUCGGAUAUGAUCAAAUUGUUGAACUAG